AUGCAUGCCUUUGUCAUUUCUCCCGACAUUUUCACUGCCAUUUGCUUCGCUGGAUGUGACCUAAUUGACUCUGCUAUUGGACCUGAUGGCAAGCCGUUCAAGUUCUCUGACUCCAACUGGUCAGGAGCUCUCACCGCCCGUGGAUAUGAUGCUGGAAGAUACCUUCCAGCCUUCUCCUGUUGA